AUGAGAGCAGUCCUGAAUCGACCGGUUCUGUUUCUCCAACACGGCGUGUUCUCGGAUAGUUUCGCUUGGACGGGGAAUCUGGCGAACGACGUUUGUCUUUGCCGAACGCCGGCUUUGAUGUGUGGAUGGCGAACUCACGAGGGCACACCUUCAUCACAGAAACAUAUCGGUUACGGACCAGACGAGGCACGAUUCUGGAAUUUCACGAAAAGUCUUUACUUUGUCGGUCAUUCCCAGGGAACUGUGCUCAUGUUUGCCAAGCUCGCAGGAGAUCCAGAUUACGCCAAAAAGAUCCGUCAAUUUCAUGCACUAGCACCGGUAGCUACCGUAUCCCAUAUUGGUGGACUAUUUCGGAUAUUUGGUUAUCGAUUGAUAGAUAUAGCCAAGUUCCUGCUGGCUAGACUUCCGAAUGCCCCGCUGAUGUGUUCCGAAUUUAUACAAAAAAAUUGA